AUGGGCAGUGUUCUGGCCUUGUCUUCUCGUCCGGGCCAUCACAAGUGGCCUUUCUCAACAGAACCCCCUUCGACUCGGUGGGACGCUCAUCCUGCUCACUGGGACAGUCCACCUCGCUGGGACAGGAGAGAUGGGCGUCUGCCAAACCCAGGCAGUUUUCACUCCCUCCACAGGAGCUGCAAAGAUGUGUUUCCUCAUCAGAUCGAGGGCGUCAAGUUGAUUGUCAAUAAAACUUUGAGCAGCUUUUUCAAGGUCAGUCACGCGCUUCACCUCAGUGCUGUCAGUCCUUCGUACUACCGGUUCCACGUGGAGCACCUGCAGUCUGACGACUACAGCAAGGACAAGGAUGCCCCGGCGUUGAUCGGUGAAAUGGACUCUUCAGGUAGUCUGAACGCUCACGCUCUGCUGCACCUCUCUGAGCAUGUCCGAGCCAGGACUGUGUUCCAGACCCAGCAGUCUCAGUUUGUAACGUGGCAGUUUGAAACCGAGUACAGAGGCAGCGACUUCACUGCUGCCGUGACGGUGGCCAACCCUGACGUCCUCAGAGAGUCAGUCAUCCUCGUGGCUCACUUCCUGCAGAGUGUGUCUUCAGGACUGGUUCUGGGCGGGGAACUGGUCUAUCAUCGGGGACGAGCAGAGGAAGGGGGGAUUCUGACUUUAGCUGGGCAGUACUCUCGACCGAACUGGGUUGUGACCCUGAACGCCGGCAGAGGAGGCGCCCACGCCAGCUACUACCACAGAGCAAACAAACAGAUCCAGGUGGGAGUGGAGUUUGAAGCCAGUACCAGAACACAGGAGACCACCACCUCCUUUGGGUACCAGAUGGAGCUCCCCGAGGCCAACAUGGUGUUUCGAGGGAUGAUAAACAGCCGGUGCAUCAUAGGAGGCGUGUUGGAGAAGCGUCUAACGCCGCUGCCAGCCACCCUGAUCAUGGGGGCUUUUGUGAAUCACAGAGGGGACAAGCUGCAGGUUGGCCUUGGCGUCAAUGUGGGAUGACCCUCCACCUGCUGGGAUGAACUGUCAGGACGUCCGUACAGAGACC